GCUCUCAGGUGCGGGUUAGCGCUCUCGGGCAAAACAUAAACGCCCUUCUCCUGCAUCGAAGAAUUACAAACACCGCGUUCAGCGAUACAAAUUUGCCGCCAUUGGCAUAAACGUUCCGAUUGGUCUAUACGUGCAUCCGGCGAAAACGAACCUUGCUCUCUGGCUCCAGUCUCCACUGACUCUCUUUUCUCUUUUGACGUCCUUUUAUUGGCUUAUGGCUUCACAGUCCACAUCCAGUUGGACAAGUGACAAUAACCUCAAAUCGUGCUCAAAUCUCACCUCUCACAUACUGUUCAUGUGAAACAUAUUAUUUACUUUCCAAAAAGUAUUGUUGAUGAGCAAUAUAUUGAAAAGUGUUUUCAAAAAUGACCAACGAAUCUAUGCCACUCACUGAGGACGACCUAUUCUGUGAUGUGGAAGAAACCUGCCAUAAAGUUCAUGAUUUGAAAAUAGAUGUUGAACAGGAAGGUGCUCAAGACAAUGAAAAUAAUUCAGACCAGGAUGAUGAUCAUGAUAAUUUGAAUUGGUCUUACGAUGAAGAUGAUGAUUUCACUCUGGAUGGAAGUAAUACUAGAUCUCACUCCAAUCAUCAAAGCAAUGCAAAUAGAGUGAGCUCUUUUCAAACAAAUGAUAAUUUAUUCAGAAAAUAUACCAACAAAAUAAGUAUCCAUCAGUAUGAUGUAUCUGAUCUUCCUAAAAACACAACGAAUCUACUGACUGAAAAUCAGAAACGCUUGGAGAAUGAAAGAUUCAGAACAAAAGAUAAACAUGACAGGGCAACUGCAGAACAAGUUAUGGAUCCUAGAACUAGGAUGAUACUUUUCAAGCUCUUGAAUAGGAACAUCAUAACUGAGAUAAAUGGUUGCAUAUCCACAGGAAAAGAAGCAAAUGUUUAUCAUGCCUCAUCAAAAAGUGGCCAGGAUUAUGCUAUUAAAAUCUUCAAAACAUCUAUUUUAGUAUUCAAAGAUAGGGACAAAUAUGUAACUGGUGAAUUUAGAUUUAGACAUGGAUAUUGUAAGCAUAAUCCUAGAAAAAUGGUUCGUACUUGGGCUGAAAAGGAGAUGAGAAAUCUAGUGAGGAUGCACUCUAAUGGUAUCAAUGUUCCUGAACCAAUUUUAUUAAGAUCACAUGUGCUUGUUAUGACAUUUAUUGGAAAAGAUGGUUGGCCAGCUCCUAAAUUGAAAGAUGUUGAAUUGAGCCAGUCAAAAGCUAGAGAAAUAUACAGAGAAAUUGUUAUACUAAUGUGGAAACUGUACAACAAAUGUAAAUUAGUCCAUGCUGAUCUCUCUGAGUUUAAUAUGCUAUAUCAAAAUGGCCAAAUUGUCAUAAUAGAUGUUUCUCAAUCUGUUGAACAUGAUCAUCCACAUGCACUUGAAUUUUUGAGGAAAGAUUGUACAAACAUAACUGAUUAUUUCAAAAAGGAUGUUGCUACUAUGGGAAUCAAAGAGUUGUUUGAUUUUAUCACUGAUCCAUCUAUUAAUGAAGGAAAUAUGGAGGAGUGCUUGGAUAUACUGGCACAACAAUCUGCUGACAGAACUGAGAGAUCUUCCCAUGAUCAGGUAGAUGAGGAAGUUUUUAAACAAGCAUACAUUCCAAAACGGUUAACGGAAGUUAUAGAUUUUGAGAGGGAUAUAAACCAAGCAAAAGCAGGCAUUGCUGAUAAUCUAGUGUACAAAACCUUGGUGGGCUUGAAGUCCGAUUUAAGUGGGACAGUUCAACGCCCUGAAAUGUUGAAAUGUGACAAAUCAGAAGAGGAAUCUGAUGAUGGAAGCAGCAGUUGUGGAGAAACAUCAGAGGAGGAGGAAGAGGAUGCUGCAGAAGGUAGCAAAUUUGUUGAUUCUUCUCGACCAAAACAUGAAUCUCUAGAUGAGAAAAAAGCUAGGAAAAAAACCAUCAAGGAAGCACAAGCUGAGAAGAGAAAAACAAAAGUCAAAAAGCAUAUUAAGAAGAGAAAAGAGAGGAUGACAAAAAAGUAAAAAAAUGAUGAGAAAUUGUAUAUCUUUCAUUACUUUAUUGUGCUUUUGUUACCUAUGAAUUCAAAAGAGUAAUAUAUGUUUUCCC